UAAAUGACAAUGUCCGGGUAAUUUGAAAAUUCAACUCGAAUCGGAGUAAAUGGAUUUCAAAUGUGCACCUCAUGAUACCGGCAGACCCAGACGUGGAUUGAUUCCUGAAGGCUAGCAGCUCCCAACCUAGAAACCCUUCUUUUUUUGUGCUUAAAGAUGGCUGACGAGCAAACUCCCAGAAAGAGAACUUUCCGUAAGUUCACCUACCGUGGUAUUGACCUCGAACAACUCUUGGACUUGUCCUCUGAACAAUUCAUGGAACUCGUCCACUGCCGUGCUCGUAGAAGAUUCCAACGUGGUCUUAAGCGUAAGCCCAUGGGUCUCAUUAAGAAGCUUCGUGCUGCCAAGAAGAACGCCCCUGCUGGUGAAAAGCCCGAAGUUGUCAAGACUCACCUUCGUAACAUGAUCAUUGUUCCUGAAAUGAUUGGUUCUGUUGUUGGUAUCUACAACGGUAAGGUUUUCAACCAAGUUGAAAUCAAGCCUGAAAUGACUGGUCACUACCUUGGUGAAUUCUCCAUCACCUACAAGCCUGUUAAGCACGGUCGUCCCGGUAUUGGUGCCACUCACUCUUCCAAGUUUGUUCCUCUUAAAUAAAUUGUGUUUGUUGUGUGUAUAUGUAUAUAUAUUUAUAUAUAUUUAUUUAGAUAGAAUGGGAUUGAUAGACAAGGGCAGGCGUGUUUAAGUCAUUGGCUUCAUCAAUCCAUGCACGGA